CUCUGCCGCCGCUGCCAAACCGAACCCCCAACCCUCACCGUCCGGACUGAACCUUUGUGUACCGCCUGCUUCGCCAAAUACAUCUCCACGAAAAUCAUCAAACGCAUGGAAAGCUUUCGAGUCCGGCACUCCGAUCCAGGUGUUAGUGAAGUCCGGACGUUGCUAUUACCAUUGUCUCUGGGUGCGUGUUCAACCGUUCUACUGCAUGUGUUGAGUCUGCACUUAAGGGGCCAGGGGGAGAGGACGGGGCGGAGGGGGUUCGGGUUGGAAGUUCUGUUUGUCCAUCAUCCACUUGCUGACAGGGAGGGUGGCGAGGAGGAAGCGCGGAGGAGAUUUGAGAGGGUGCAGGAGCGGUACGCCCAAGACGGGCAUACAUUCUCCUCUCGCCGUCUUUCCGAUGUUAUGGAGUCGGACGGGGUACGGCAUCUGCUCGACCGAAAUUCACCCGCCUCCAUCACCACCGCUUCAACAAACGCCACCGCAGAAGAAGAUCUCGCCACCGCCCUAAACACCCUCACCACCUCUCCAACCUCCCGUCAAGACCUCACCCAACUCCUCCUCCGCCGCCUGAUCGUGCACCACGCCAACCAACACGCCUGCGAAGCCAUCCUUUGGGGCGACAGCACGACGCGGCUAGCCGAGCGCACGCUUUCCGAAACGGCCAAAGGGCGUGGUUUCGCCGUCCCCACCACCGUGGCGGACGGUGAUGCUGAGGCGGUGUACGGUGUGCCGUUUUACUUCCCCAUGCGGGAUUUACUGCGGAAGGAAGUCGUUGCUUAUGCAGGCAUGAUUGAGCCGGCGCUGGAUGAUUGUGUCGUGCAGGACCUAAGUUCAACCUCGAGCGCAGGAAAGACGGUGAGUAUGAAGAACGUCACCAUCGACGACUUGAUGACGCAGUACUUCGAAUCCGUGGAGCAAGAAUACCCGUCCAUCGUGGCGAAUGUGGUCAAGACCGCGGGGAAACUACGCCUGCCGAAACGAACAACCACAUCUGCGCUGAACGGGAGGGGGAGUGGGAUGGAGCCGCACUGCGAGCUGUGCGAAGCACCCUUGUUGGACGGCCAAAGUGCGCCGGAGAGGAGCAGAUUGUGCUAUGGGUGUAUCCGGACACUUCCACAGACUACUACUACAGCAGCCGCA